AGACCCUUCAGUGUUUCCGUAGUCGUGUUUGGGCUUGGAAACAGCAUCUUUGAAACUCUAACUUGGCUGCUAUUCUGGAUACAUAGCUUAUCAACAUUUCUUAAAUUAAACAUACGUUACUUUUCUACUUAAGUCAAGAUAAAAGUCUUCGCUUUGGUGCCAUGUGCAAUGUUUGCAAGUGGAACUUUUAUUGUGAAUUUGAGCUGUUCUCUCUUCUCUGCUCGAUAGGUCACAUUGGUAGCUAGCUAGCUUUGCUCAAUGAGACCAUGUUGAAAACAUUGUCGAGAAGCUACAAUGUGCUUUCAAAAACACUACUACAAGGACGGAAAUGUGAACAUGAAAGCAGAAGGACCGUGUGGACUCUUUUAAACAACAGCUUUCCACAAUCAGCGGUACAGAGGAACGCAAUAGAGAUCAGAAACCUCAGCACUACAGCUACGUUGUGUGCCAAAGCCCGAGUGGUCGUGAAAAAGAAACCUCUCUCUGAGAAGAAACUGACACGUUACUUUAUUGACUACCGCAAUGUGAAGCUGGCGGCUGGGUCAGGUGGGAGAGGAGUCUGCUCCUUCCUCAGUGAACCCCGAAAGGAGUGGGGCGGACCUGAUGGAGGGAAUGGAGGUGAUGGGGGUAACAUCAUUAUCAAAGUUGACCGACUUAUGAAGUCAUUGGCACAGGUGGUACCACUGUAUAAGGGAGAAGAUGGCCAAUCGGGCGGCAGCAAAAACUGUUAUGGUCGGAACGGCAGCAUAACCUACAUUUUGGUCCCAAUCGGCACUGUGGUAAAAGAAGAAGGAACAAUGGUAGCAGAUCUCUCUCGUCAUGGUCAGGAGUAUCUUGCAGUGUUCGGUGGAAUGGGAGGAAAGGGAAAUCGCUUCUUUCUUUCAAAUGAAAACCGCGCGCCAAUGACGACCACUCCUGGAAUACCUGGUCAAGAGAGGCGCUUACAGCUUGAGCUACGCACCAUGGCUCAUGCUGGGCUGGUUGGGUUUCCAAAUGCAGGAAAGUCCUCGCUCCUGAGAGCCAUCUCCAACGCCACGCCCGCCGUCGCCGCCUACCCCUUCACCACGCUGAACCCACAUGUGGGCAUCGUGAAGUACAGGGACCACGAGCAAGUAGCAGUGGCGGACAUCCCAGGCAUCAUCCAGGGGGCGCACCUGAACCGUGGCCUGGGCAUCUCGUUCCUGCGUCACAUCGAGCGCUGCCGCUUCCUGCUGUUUGUCCUGGACAUGUCCUCCCCAGAGCCCUGGACUCACCUGGAGCAGCUGUGCUAUGAGCUGGACCAGUAUGAGCCGGGUCUGUCUAAACGACCCCAAGCCAUCGUAGCCAACAAAAUGGACCUGCCCGAGGCCCGGGGCAACCUGGAGGCUCUGAGGAGCCGGGUCACCCAGAGGGUGAUCCCUCUGUCGGCGCUCAAGGGACAUAACACAGAGGAGCUGAUCCUGCAUCUCAGAGAGCUGUACGACGGCUAUGACGGCCCGGCCACUAGGUGGUAGUAAAUACUCUGCUCAGCCUUUCACUGACUUGGUGUUUUAUAAGAAGUUAUGUCAAUUUAAAUUAUUCAAUAAAUAUUUUUGAAAUAAAUGAAUAAAAAAAGGCUUAUUUCUGAAUUGUUUUCACAGACAUGUUCAAUGAAUGCACAAUGAACAUGAUUUGGGCAACUUAGGGCAGUAGAGAAGAGAAGCAAGUGGUUUUGAAUGGCUGAAAAUUCAAGAUGUAUCCUUGUUUAGACUAACGUAAAGUAGCUGUGAAUAAUGAAACGAAAAAAAUAUUGGUCAAUUAUGUCAGGGUUAUUUUGACAUUCAAAGGUUGUUAAAAGUCAAAUUUGAGCAAUUUGACUUAACAAACUUUGACAAGCAAUGACCCACAAGCUAGUUUAUUGAAAGGGAUGGCCCUAGGACCCUUGAUUCCAUUUAGCAUCUAAAGUUCUGUAACCGGUCUGCCAAAGUGAUAAUUACAUUUCUGUAACAUGAAUAAUCUAUAGAUUUAUUAUGAUACAAAUGUGUCACUACUGACAAUUUGUAAAGAGAAUAAACAACUUGCCACAUUGCGUAUGA